UUUUUGCGUGCUUUUCGAAGGAUUGCAAACUAGUUUCAAAAUGGCAUUACAAUUCAGCCUGGUAUAUUUUCUAGUUGUAGUGCUCUCUGUAAACUUUGCUCAUGGCAUAAAGCCUGCAAAUGUCGAGAUCGAGCAAUUGAAGGUGCUCUAUCAGUCUAUGAGUGCAAAACUUCAAAACGUGGAAUCCGAAAACCAAAGGCUAAAUUCAGAAGUUACAAGACUGCAGACUCGUUCCACUACUGUUGCUUUCACAGCGAGGCUAUCAAAUGACACUGAACUUGCAGCCAUAGAGACGGUUGUCUUUGACAAUAUUCUUCUAAACUCGGGCAACGCGUAUAACGAAAGAAAUGGACAAUUUACUGCUCCUGUAGCUGGGACCUAUCAAUUCGCCGUGUCCUUGACAAACUUUGGGAAAGAGUCGUACUUCGCUGUGCAGAAAAAUGGCAAUGAUGCACUGUCCAGGUUGUACAUUAAGAGCGGUCUCACGUAUUCCACGUCAUCCGUCGUCGUCACACAUUUAGACGCGGGAGAUAUCGUUCAUGUCCAGUCCCAGUAUUUUCCAACGAACCUAAGACAAGGAAAAUAUUCCGUUUUCAGUGGUUUUCUGAUUAAAUAACUAUUUCAUCUCUAUUUUCAUAAAAGAAAAAAGCAAUAAACGUUUUAGAAAAAUAUCUUGAUUGCCAUUGCUUUAAUUGUAAAUUGAUAAAAUUGCAGAUUGAGAAAUAUGAAGUACAUGUAUAUGCCUGUCUACGAAUUUAUUUCUUAAUUUAUUGUUUUCACAAUAAUGUAAAAAAUAUUUCUUAUGAUUGUAUCCAAUAAAAAAAUUAAUUGAUUUCAGGAAAAUAAAUGUAGAUCUGA